AUGAUUUCCACAAGGGUGACGGACAUUAAGCUUCGGGAUGCAGCGGAAAGCCUUGGGGAAGAUGGCACAGGAAAGAAAAAAUCCAAAUUCAAAACCUUCAAGAAGCUGUUUGGGAAGAAGAAGAGAAAAGAAUCCCCGUCAUCCACAGGAAGUAGCACUUGGAAACAAAACCAGGCCAAGAGCGAGGUCAUGGCCAUCGAGUCGGGGCCCGUGGGCUAUGACUCUGAGGAUGAACUUGAGGAGUCCAGAGGCACGCUGGGCAGCCGGGCCCUCUCACAUGACAGUAUUUUCAUUCCUGAGGCGGGGCAGGAUCCUGCUCGACCUGUGAGAGUGUUUUCCCAAGAAAAUGUGUGUGACCGGAUUAAAGCUCUGCAGUUAAAAAUACAAUGUAAUGUGCGAAUGGGACCACCACCUCCAGGAGGGAUUCCUGCCAAGCGGGCAGAGGACACCGGCAUGAGUUCUGAGGAUGACGGGCUACCCCGGAGCCCCCCAGAGAUGUCCCUUCUGCAUGACGUGGGCCCCAGCACCACCAUCAAGAUCUCUUUAGUGCCCUCAUCCCGGCCGCAGUCUCCAGACCACACGAAUGAUGCCACCGUCUCCUCCCGGACUUCAGACAAUAGCCUGGCACCCGUGGCUGAUUUCAGCUGCCCUCCAGAAUUCUCCUCCUGCCUAGACAACUCUGCUGCUAAGCACAAGCUCCUGGUCAAGCCUCGCAACCGUAAAAUGAGGCGACUGUCUUCGAGGGCCCAGUCUGAAUCACUGAGCGAUCUGAUAUGUACCCCAGAAGAGGAAGAAUAUAAUGAGAAGCUAUUUUACCAAGUCAGCAUGGAAGAGAGCAUCAGCUCUGGGCAUCAAGAGUCAAUGCUGGACAGAGAGCCUGAGCCAGGGGUACCAGUGAACCUGUUCCCACCCGGGGGACCCCGUGCCCGACGCGCCCGCCUGCAGCACUGCCCAGCGCUGAGUGCCAGCAUGGAGGAGGCGACCUGCCCUGGGGAUGAGCCCUCCAGCCGCCCGGCCACCCCAGAGGUCACCGAGCCCGUGGCAGGCCCCGGCCCUAGCUUGGAAGCCCCAUCGGAGUCAGAAGGUAUCCCUCACCCUAGUCCCCACAUAGAAAUCCAGGAGGAGGAGCCGUCCACCCCAAGCUCGCGUCCCCCCGCCGAGGACCUGGCUGAGGAGGCGGUUUCUGCUUCUGGAGAGGUGGAAGGUCCGUUAUCCACCUGUGCGUCUCCUGAGACUGUCACUGUCACCUUGGAGACGCCCCCUGAUUCCGAUGGGGCAGCACACAGUGUCCAGGAGGAGGAGGAGGCGCUGACGCUGGAGGUGCCUGGUCCUGAGGGCGCAGGGGACGAACCCUCCCCGGCCCCUGUCCCGCCUGCCCCGGCCCCGGCCCCGGCUCCCGGCCCAGACCCAGCCCCGGCCCCCGUCCCAGGUCCCAGCCCGACAGCGCCCAAGAGCUGCUUGAAGCACAAGGCCGCCGCCGCCGCCGCUGUGGACCAGGGGCCCGGCGGACGCCCCACGUCCCCCGCGGAGUCGCUCCCGGAGGAACCCAGUGCCCGAGCCCAGGACGCAGAGGCCGCGCCUGUGGAGCCCCCCAAGGCCAAGCAGGCCGAGACUCCCCACUCGGGUCCCGAGAGGGCAGCGCCGCAGGGACGGAAGAGCGAGCCCAGGGGCGCGAAGAAGUUCUCGGUGUCCUCGUGCCGCGCGCGUUUGCGGCCCGGCAGCGCCCGCCCGCCAGAGCGCCCCGGAUCCGGGCCCGCGGGGGGCCGUGCACCCCCGCUGCGGAGCGCGGCCUGGCGCAGCGAGGCGGCCCUGGACGACUUGCCGCUGCUGGUUCCCGAGCCCCAGCCCCAGCCCGGGAACUCGGAGCCUCUGAAACCCGCCGAGUGCGACUCUCAGGACCCCGGGGAACCUAGGGCCCCCCAGGCUGGACCAGGAAGUAGCCUCCAGGAUGCAGGGGCCACCCCUGGCUCCGGGGAGCCAUCUGCGAGGGACGACAGGAGCCCCUUCCCGGUCAAGCUGCGGUCCACCUCCCUCUCCCUCAAGUACCGAGAAGGCUCUUCUUCCCAGGAAGCAAAAGGAAUCAAGAGAUACAGUGCUGAGGUCAGGAUGGAAAGAGGAGGGCUGACUCUGCUCCCCAAAGACGAGCAGUGUCACACGGGGUCCGCCCCUGCGCUUCGAGGUGCCAGGUCCCCGAACAGCCAAGGAAAGGGGAAGGCCCGGUCUCCCGAGCAGCCCAGCUCUAAGCCACCCCUGCCCAGGAAGCCGCUUCUGCAGAGCCUCACCCUUCCCUACCCGCCUGCAGGCCUGGACACCAGCCCAGGAGAGCCAGAGAAAGUCAUCCCACAGCGCGACCCCAGGAGGGAGAGCAGGAUGGCAGAGAAGAAGUCGCCUCACAGGGGAGCUGAAAAGGGUCUGCCUUCUGCAGUAACAGGUUCUACAGUGGAUGGACAGCCCAACCCACCCUGGAUCACCAUGGCCCGGCAGAAGCGGCGGGGUGCUCCAGACCAGCCCCCCCACCAGGAAGACAAGCCUGGAGUGCAGAUCACAAAGCCAGAGACAGGAAAGCAAGCCAAGCCACCAGAGAAAGCCCAGGAGCCCGUGAAGCAGGCUGAUUUUGUCCGCAGCAAGUCUUUCCUGAUGACCCCAGCUAAGCCCGCCGUGACCCAAAGGCAGGGGGCAAAGCUCAGUCUCAAGGAGGGGCUGCAAAGAGGAAUCUCACUGUCACAUCAGAACUUGGCUCAGGCUGCAGCGAUGACGGAGAAGGAGUUGCAUCAGCUAAAGAGAGCCAGUUAUGCCAGUGCAGACCAGCCAUCCUGGAUGGAACUUGCCAGAAAGAAAUCUCAAGCUUGGAGUGACAUGCCUCAAAUCAUAAAAUAGAUUGGCAGGUGUGCUUGUGAAGAAGGUCCACUGUGUUGACAGACCACUUAGUUUAAAACUGCCAAUAAAUCAUGGCAGACAGACUGUGAAACUUCAGAUUGAUUUUAUCACCAAGGUACUAAGAACUUGGGAAGAGGAAAGAUCCAAGCAAAAUAAUGAGAACAAUCACAUAGCCAUAACCCUGGGCUGGAGGGGCCUCAGACAAGAACAGCAUUGAAAAAGUCAGGAAUGGGUAGGUAUGAAAGUGAGCCUUUUAGAAGUCCCUUGGCAAAGAGUCCUUGGACAGGGCAGACAUGGAACGGAAGCAGGAAUGCAUAAAUUGGACGCCCUUGGAAGACCAGAACAAGCCAGUAUCUGCGCUGCCACUUGCAAUGAGCCUGGGUCUCUGGCCACUGUCUUGCCCGUGGACCCCGUCAUCUUUUUGUGUUUACUACUAGGCAUGACAUGUAUGGUAAAACAGAGAUGCUGUUCCUAAGAGCAGCCAUAAAGCAAUCGGAUUUCCUGUAGAUAGCUGCUUGGAGGAGAGGAAGGAAC